CACCCACUUGACUACACGCCUCAAACGGAAGGCCGCCUUGACAGUCGUAACGAGCUGCCGACUCGGUUUGAACGUGUCGGUAACCGUUAACCAGCAGCAUAAUUUAUUUUAAUCGUUUCGGACUCCCACAAUCGUGACUGGAGUUAUUUCCUUGUCCAUAACCAUGGCGGCGAGUGCAAAGCGUAAGCAAGAGGAGAAACACCUGAAGAUGCUAAGAGAAAUGACGAGUUUACCUCCCAAUAGAAAGUGCUUUGACUGUGAUCAACGCGGCCCAACCUAUGCCAACAUGACAGUGGGGUCUUUCGUGUGUACCUCCUGCUCUGGCAUUCUACGAGGCAUCAACCCACCUCACAGAGUCAAGUCCAUCUCCAUGACAACAUUCACACAACAGGAAAUCGAGUUUCUACAGAAACACGGAAACGAGGUGUGCAAACAUAUGUGGCUGGGCCUGUAUGACGAACGGGCCACCCCUAUUCCAGACUUCAGGGACCCUCAGAAGGUCAAGGAGUUCCUCCAAGAGAAAUACGAGAAGAAGAGGUGGUACGUCCCCCCUGAUCAGGCCAAGGCGGUGGCAUCGGUCCACGCCUCCGGCUCCUCCAACAACAGCAGCACCAGCAGCACCCCCGAAGUCCGGCCGCUCAAGUCUUUGCUGGGGGAGUCUGCCCCCUCCCUGCACCUCAACAAGAACACCCCUCCCAAUCAGUCCCCGGUUGUGAGCCGUGCCGCAGCGCACCAUCACCACCAGCAGCACUACCACGAUAAGAAGUUUGACCUCCUCAGCGACCUUGGCGGAGACAUUUUCGCAGCCCCUGCUAAUCCGCACGCAGGAUCCAGCGCCAACUUCGCUAACUUUGCACAUUUCAACAGCCACCCAACGGCUCAGAACGCCACGGCCAACGCAGAUUUUGCAAACUUCGACGCGUUCAGUGGCACGUCUGGUGGCUCCGGGGGUGCUUUCAACAGUGCUCCACCAGCUUCGUUCCAACCCACAAACACAGCGUUCACUGUCCUUUCAUCCAGCCACAGUAUGGGUGAGUUUGCCAGCACUCCGCCUCCUGUGGUUGCGCACAGUAGCGCCUCAGGGGGACUAGCGAGCACCAAUUUUGCAAAUUUUGACCACUUCCCCACGUCCUGUAGUGCUGACUUUGGGACCUUCAGUUCCUCCGCCUCCUCCUCCCAGGGUCACUCCGCAGCGUCAGCCAGAGAGCCCCUAGAAGGCUCUAGCGCCCCUGCCGAUAGAUAUGCUGCCUUGGCCCACCUGGAUAGCGACUUGUGUAGCUCCACCGAUACGGAGCAAGGGAGCGGCAUCGCUGGCGGGGUGAGCAACGCCGCCCCCGGUGGGGGGGCCCCUGGAGCUGGCGCCGGGCCCCCAGGCCAGGCCCCCGCGUUGAUGGGCGGGGACCGCUACGCUGCCCUAGCUGCGCUGGACACGGUCUUCAGCCCCCCGGCCCCAGCCACCAGCGUUUACAACCCCACCAGCACUUCACAAGGGGGCAUGUAUGGUUCGGGGACAGCGGUGUCGUCCACCCAAGCACAACAGGGCCUACCAAACAUGGGACAAGGCUUUGGGCCAACUCCGACUAACCCGUUUGCCGCUGCCCCCCCGGCUGCCGCCACCAACCCCUUCCAGAGCAACGGGAGAGCAGCCGCAGUAGCAGCCGCAGCAUCUUUCGGUACGGGCUCCCUGAGCAUGCCGUCUGGGUUUGGAAACUCCUCGGCCUACAACCUGCCCACCAGCUUCAGUGGAACCUUUCAACAGCAGUUCCCUGGCCAGCCCCCCUUCCCCCAGCCUCAGGCAUACGCCCAGCAGCCUAAUGGUGGGGGCUUUGCAGCCUUUGGUCAGGUUAAACCUGUCCCAACGCCCUAUGGCCAUGCGAUGGCUGCCCCUGGGGUCUCCAGUAACCCCUUCCUGGCCGGUGCCCCAGCUGCACAGUACCCGGCCGGAGGCUCCUCCACCAACCCCUUCUUAUAGCGCGCCAGCCAGCCGCACUACAGGGGCCCCAACCAGCGCGCUCGCACCUCUUGCACUGUUUUGUUUCACCAGUAGCUUUUAAGGGUAAGAAAAAGCAACAAAAAAAAAACUAUGUUUGUAAGAACGUGUAUUUUUUAUUUUCAUUUGGGAAAAACAAACAAGCAAUCGCAGACAAGACAAGAAAAGAACGUCUCCUAGCAACAGAAUUGCGACAAAGAUGAACAGAAGUAUGUGAUUGUGUUCAGAGGAAGAGGUGUGCUCCUCUCCGUGCCUCUGUUAAAACCUGUGAACUGGCCUGUACUGAGCCACAAUGUAUAUUCAAACUGGCUGAUAAGUUAUUGCAAAUAUCCUAUUCAUUAUGCUGCAAACGUGUACAGAUCUCUCUCUCGCUCGCGCUCUCUGAAAUAUUUAGCUCUCUGCAUAUCAGUAUUUGUAUCUUGCACCCACUCAAAAUGUUGUUUAAGCAAACUGUUCACUUGGAGAGUCGAUAGAUGCUGCCAUUUAGCAAGUUGUUUUGUGCAGUAUGGUUUACAGUGACCUUGUUAACCGAGGUCCAGAAAUGCUUUUGAGUGCGGUGCUAAUUGCUGCAUCAGGUAAGGGCUGGUCUCUCCUCCCCUUUGUUGUCCUCAACCCCUUCCUUUUAAAGGCACAGGCUCAAAAAAUAUCAGUUAGGGCUAAGACAUUUUAUGACAUGGAAGUCAUAUUACAAAAAAACAAAAAAACAAUCCUAAAUGUUUAGGGGGGGUGAAAACCUGCAUGGUUUACCAUAAUGGUGUCCCAGCCCCACUUGCACCAGGUGUUAGAAUAUUUUAAUUUAAUGUGUAAAUAUAUAUAUUAAAAAUAAUUUUAACUAAUAAGGUGACCAAACCUUUAAUUUGCAUUGCAUUGUACAUGUUCACCUGUGAAAAUGUCCUUUUUUUUUGUAUAAAAACAAUUUAUA